CGUGUAGUGUCGCUGUUGUUUUAUCUGUGAACGCGCGAAACUUUUUUUAUCGAAACAAUUUUGGAACGUUGGAAAUGAACAGCCAGCUUUUCGAAUGCGUUUAAAGUGCAGGAACGACUGUUGAAGACAGUUUUGUGAUCAUUGUGUUGUACCGUGAGUGUGGUUGUGGUCGCAGGUGUCACAUUCCGAGGGGGACGCCGCAGCCUCCGCUCGAACCCGGUACCGCAGGUGGACCGCUAGGAAACCCAUUUAAACUGUUAAGAUUCCAAGAUGGUGGUACGAUUAUGAUACGGCGCACUAUUUAGAUGGAGUGGGAGUGAAUAGUUUAAGGAAUGCGAUUACAACGGAGUAAAAUUUGCUGGUGAGAUGGCGCGGUGGAUCGCGCUGCUCCGGCAUGGGCAAUCACCGAUUUGGCUUCUUAUCUUCUGCUUAUUCCAUUUGACCAGAGCGACACCAGGACCAUGUGAUGUGGAAACCGGCCAAGCCAGCAUCAUCGUGGAUAUAGAGGAGAGCAGGGGAAAUCAAGUGAACCAAAGCACGGUACCGGCGGAGCUACCAAUAGUGGGUGAGCCGGGCGUGGACGUGGUGCUGUCGACGGUGUUCCCCAAGGGCCCCACACUGUUCCAGCUGGACGGCAAGCGCCUGCAGCUACUGCAGCCGCUAGACAGGGAUGCCGACAACCUCUCGCAUAUGGUCUUCCAGCUGGUUUGCCAAGUGAAAGCAACGAACCGGCGGCGAACAACCACGGUGAUAGUCCGGGUGUCUGACAUCAACGACAACGCGCCAGCCUUCCAGGGAGUGCCGUAUGUGACCAACGUGUCAGAGCUUGUACCCAUAGGAACCACGGUGUUCGACAAAAUACGAGCAGUCGACAUAGACGCGGGCGUCAAUGGAUUAGCCGAAUACUUCAUAAUACCAGGAGAUAAUGAGACUUUGGAGGCAAGCGGUGCAGUUGACGGUUAUGGCUACUUCUCCAUACCGCUGCCGCAUCAGGGCAUCGUCACAGUCAACAGGAGCUUGGAUUACGAGCGCACGCAGCAGUAUCUAGUCACUAUUGUAGCUUCUGAUCGUGCGCGCGACAAUAAGAAACGGAUGUCAAGUACGGGCACGCUGACUGUGAACGUGCUGGAUGAUGACGACCAGGAUCCAUCCUUUAUCUAUAAAGGUUGUUCCCUGCACGCCGGGGCGUGUAUUAACCCGGAGUAUUCCAGCUACGUUAACAGCGGCGUUUUAGCGGGCAUACUAACACUUGAACCAGAGAAAAUCCAAGCGGUCGACAUGGACACCCUGGACGCCCGGAUCCGGUACAGCAUCAGCGCCGGCGAGCCCGACUCCUGGCCGGAGUACUUCACCAUCGACCAACACACCGGUGCCGUGAGGCAGCUGAAACCGGUCGAUACUAGCGUCGCUAAAAAGUUUCAGCUGGUUAUAACCGCCGCAGAAGUUUCCGAGGCGCGUCGCUACACCACAGCCAAGCUGACUAUCACAGUUCGACCCGUAGACGCGAGUCCACCUGCAGUGCACGCGUCCGCGGACGAGGGCCGCGUCGAGGAGAACUCGCCACGCGGGACCAAGGUGCUGGACGCGCGCGGCGAGCCCAUACGACUGACAGUCACUGAUCCAGACCUGGGCCCCGGAGAUCCAGUGCCAAAGUAUACGUUCGAAUUAACGACCAACUUCUUCGACGUCGCUAAGGAUGGCUACCUUGUAGUUAACGACGACAGAUUAGACAGAGAUCCCCCUAAUCCUGGCAAAUUCAGAUUCCAAGUUGUAGCUCGAGAAGCAAACGGCGGCGCGGCGUCGGCCCCCCUUUCGCUGGCCGUGCAGCUGCUCGACCAGAACGACAACGCCCCAGUUAUACCUAAAACGCAGCCCAUCAUUGUCCCCGCCAGCCUGGAGCCUACUGCUGUCUAUAAGGUUGAAGCGACAGAUAUAGACGAAGGUGAAAAUGCGCGUAUCACCUACGCCAUCUAUCACAUUUCGAAUAACGGGGGCAACAAAUUCACUAUUGAUCCCGAAACCGGAAUCAUCUCAAGCACCGGGCACCUACAAGCGGGCGAGCAAUACAGCGUCACAGUGCGAGCCACCGACGCGCUCGGCCUGAGCUCGCAGGGCAUCGUGGAGCUGUCCGUGGCGCCCGGACCCAACACGCGGCCUCCCGUGUUCUCGGCGCGGGACUACCAGGCGCCCGUCUCCGAGGGCGCCGCCAUCAACUCCACCGUGCUCACCGUCACUGCCAAGGAUCCAGAAAACGAGCCGGUGGCAUACUCCAUAAUGUCAGGGAAUGACUUGAGACAAUUCGCAAUCGGCUCCACGACUGGCAUCAUCACCGUCAUCAGGAGGCUGGACAGAGAAGUUCUCACGCGGUAUCAACUGAUGAUCAAAGCAGAAGACCCUGGCAAGUUGUCCAGUACAGCCACGGUCAACAUCAAGGUGACCGAUAUCAAUGACAACAAUCCAGAGUUUGACGAGGACUCCUAUAAUUUCCAGGUCAAAGAAGGUUUAGCAGGCGAAUUCGUGGGCUACGUUCACGCGACGGACAGGGACGAGGGCGUCAAUGCCAUGGUCAGCUACAACCUGCCGCCGCACUUGCCCUUCAAUAUCGACAACGGCACGGGGAUGAUCAGCACCAAGACAGAACUGGACUAUGAAAAAACUAAGGAGUACUCGUUCGUGGUGACGGCGACGGACGGCGCGCUGGACCGGCGGCUGGGCACGGCGUCGGUGACGGUGGCCGUGCUGGACGCGCCCGACGAGGUGCCCGUGUUCCCGCAGCCGCUCUACAAGGUGCAAGUGCCCGAGAACGCGCCCAAAUACGCCGUCGUCAAAGUGCAGGCGGAGGACCCCGACACGACGCCCGAGAUCACUUACACGAUAAUGCGCGGCGACACCGAGUUGUUCUCCAUCGACCGCAAGAGCGGGGUCGUCCGUACAUUACGGCCAUUGGACCGCGAGGCGGCCGCGCGGCACGAGCUGCUCGUCGGCACUGAGGAGAACGACAGCCUGCAGCCGGGGGCCACGGCCACCGUCGAGGUCCACGUCGAGGAUAAAAACGACAAUUCGCCAAUCUUCACAUCUGUGGUCCGCCCGGUAACAAUAGAGGACUCGUCCACCAUCGGCACUCUGGUAGAAACGGUCACAGCUAUAGAUGAAGACGCGACUGCUCCAAAUAACAGAGUACGAUAUAAGCUCGUGGGCAGAGGCAAGGCAUCGAAGUAUUUCCACGUGGAACCCGACACGGGCGCCGUAAGGGUUCGCGACGAUCUCAGAAAGGAAACCGAUAGUGAAUACACAGUUGAUGUCCAAGUGUAUGAUCAAGGCGAACCGAUGUUGUCUUCCGUCACCAGCCUGACAGUUUACGUGAGCCAUUCCGCUACGGUACCUCCAGACGUUGGUCUCGGGUUUGCUGACACGUUGUAUACAGAGCACGUUGCGGAGAACUCUCCCAAUGGCACACUAGUUAGGACCUUGCCUCUGCUGAACAAGAGAGAGCACUCUCCUGACACUCCGCUCAAAUGUAAACUGACUGGAACGUCACAAAAAGAUGUGUUUUACGUAAAGCUGACCGAAGAGCGCGACUGUGCCAUCUACUUGAACACCAGCUCGCUCGACUACGAAACGCUCGCCGAAUACUCGCUCGAGAUCCAGCUAGAGUCGAUACAGGGUCUCAUCAACCCCGAAAGCAGCAAAGCUAAUGUGAAGGUGCACGUGACUGAUGUAAACGACAACUCGCCCGUGUUUGUCGGCACCGACCAGUCCACUAUACCGGCUGCUAAGGGGAAAUACUACGCUAUAGUUACUAAGGAUAUGCCUUUGGAUACCGCCGUCGUACAAGUUAAGGCCAAAGACUCUGACAGUGGGGCAUUCGGGAAGCUAGAAUACCAAAAAAACUCGUGGACUAAGACGGCCGAGGAGUACUUCAGUCUCGACUCGGACACGGGGGCCAUCAGCAACAUCAAGACCUUCGAGAACGUGCCACAAGAAGUAUUGCCGUUCAAAUUUAGUGUCACCGCGAGAGACAACCCUAAAUCUUCACAGGACUAUAACAUUGCCAGGGCUUCUGUUGUAAUCAACCUCCUCCAAAAAGAGAACCAGAUAGUGAUGGAAGUGUCGUCACUGGAUUCCGAGGCGCUGCGACGACGUUCUCGAAGCGUGCUCGACGCCGUCGAGAAGCGCAGUGGACUCAUCGCGGGACUCGAGAAACUCACCGCCAGGCACUACAUCGGCGAGAACGGCACGCUGGAGAGUGAUGACCGGGGCACAGACAUAUGGCUGUACCUGCUGGACCCUACCACCGGCAAAAUAUUAGCGAGGGAAUCCAAACCUGUUACAAAAGCGAUAGACGGCGGCCUGGGGUCGGCGGUGUCCUCCCGGCUGGCGGGGGCGGCGGCGCUGGUGCGCGCGCCGCUGCAGGCGCCGCCGCCGCCGCGCCGGCCGCAGCUGGCCGCGGCGCCGCUGGCCUCCGCGCUGCCCGCCGCGCUGCUCGCGCUCGCCGCGCUGGUGCUCGUCGCCGCCACCGCCGCCACCGUCUACAUCUGCGCCUCGUGGAACAGGUAUAAGAAACACAAAGAGCAAACGAUGCAGCAGUACGGCACGCUCAGUAUGUCCAUGCCGCCGCCGCGACCUGCUUCGGGCUACGCGUCUAGCGAAGACGACCCUGCGCCCCGCUAUGAGACGCAGGUUUUGAACAUGGCGGUGGAUGACGCGGAUUUACAGCUCGACUUCAGUCCUAACAACCAUGCAUUUAAUAUACACAACGUGCAAUAUCUUUCCAAAGACAACGGUGAACGCAGCCCAACGCUAUCAGAGACAGCGACCACGGCGCGAGCGUCCAGCGUCAACGAGAACGGCACGCUCAACAACCACCACCAGUUCGACACGAUGUCCAACAACACGUUCGCGCGCCCCCAACACAACACGCAAACGCUCAACAGGCGCGCGCCCAACAACCACGCGCUCAACAACGCGCUGGGCACGCUGCCGAGGGUCAACAACAACGUGGGCGGCGGGCUGCUAGCCACCACGCUGGGGAGGAAGAUCAAUGGGGGCAAUAACCACAAGAAGAGCUCGCCUAUUAUGGCCUAUGAUGAUAUACCCGGAUUGCAGAGAGCGACUGAUAAUGACAACGUGACGUUUGGAAAGAGAAAUAUCACUGGCUACGCUUACGAUUCGCCAGUGGAAACAACUACCGAGCUAUAGAAUAUGAAUUCUUUACCUUGGAUUUCAUGUUUUCUUCGUCAAUGGACUUUCAAGUGACUUUUAUAGUGAAUCUCAAACUUUAAGAGAGACGAGGUGACCGUCCGUCCAUAAUACAUAGAACAAACAAUUAUACGUAGAAUUAUAUUUUGUGUUCAACGAAUAUUAAUUAUUAUUGUGCGAGGUGAGAUACAGAAUACGACUGAAUAUGCUUCAAGCUAGAAAUUAAUGUGAAUAACGAAUUAUUAGAUAUGUUUAUACGUCAUAAGUGUACUUACUUAGCAAAGGCUAGUCUUUUGUAUUGGAGAAUAAUUUGUGCAUAAUAGGUAUUUUAUAAUUGUAAAUAGAGGCAUUAUUUUCAUAAUGUGUAUAAUAUUUGUAAGGGUACCUGAAGGAGAGACAGGCACCAUCAGUUAUAAUAUUUGUCUUGGAUGC